UACUGGAAACUGUGGACGCCAUGAUUUUUGUUCGCUAACUCAAGCACACUCUAUCUUGAUUUGCUUGGAAUCUGGAGAUAUUCUAGAAUACAAAUUACAAUCAGAAAUUGACCUAUCUAAAAAGAAUAAGAAUCUACCCUCUUGGCCAUAACUUAAUUCACUAGAUUAUGAAGAAUAACUUUGGAAAUUGACCAGCACUAACAUUUUCCCUCUACAAAAUGUGGCAAUGAACUUAUAAAUCAAGCUGUGCAUACUUUUUUCAUCGAGACCAUCUUAUUUCCUUUUUCUUGUCUCUAUUUGUAUACAAAAAUCUGAAGCAAUACAUAGAUAGAUUCAAAAAAAUUCACCAAUGGCUCAAGAGGGGCCUCUAUCUGCUGAACUUGAUAUGCUUAGUCAUGUUCUGAGGCUGGUGGAGGCUUUUCGGGCUUUCGACGCUGACAGUGAUGGCCAAAUUUCUGCAGCAGAGCUUGGUGGGAUCAUGGGAUCACUAGGAUACAAUCCAGCUGAGGCAGAUAUUCAGGCUAUGAUGCAAAAAGGUGACACUAACAAAGAUGGACUGCUAAGCAUUACAGAGUUUCUUGAUUUGAACACCAAGGACCUUGGACUUGGUGGCCUCUCAACUAUUCUCAGGAGGGUUUUUGCAGCCUUGGAUUUUCAGGGGGAAGAGUUUGUGACCGGUGAAGAACUGUUUGAAGUUGUGGAAAAUAUGGGACAAGAUUUGUCUCUUCAAGAUUGCCAGAGUAUUAUUGCUUCUGUUGAUGGGGAUGGAGAUGGAGCUAUAAGUUAUGAGGACUUCAAGCUUAUUGUCAAUGCCCUCCUCUAGAAUUCUGUUCUGGUUUUCCAUAUCUAAUGGACAAAUACAACAGGCAUAAAGCAGUAGUACUAGUUUGUAACCCAUGCAUAAGCAUGGAUAUGUAUUUGUUUCAAAAAUAAGGAAUAAGAACAUAAAAUAAUGUUACUUCAGUUAUUUUAUUUUUUGAAAUAUGUUUUUUACUUUAGGUUAACAUUUGUAAGUACUAGAAAAUGAAAACUUAGAUCUAAUAUACAUGACCAUUUUCCCGA